UCCCGCUAAGCCCCGCCCCCUCGCCCGGUGUCCCGGUACCGGCACGGUCCCGGCUCGGUCCCGGCUCGGUCCCCGCGCCCCCCCAGCCCCGCUGGCACCGUCCCCGCCUUGCCACCGUGUCGCCCCGUGUCCCCCGCGCUGCCCCGGUCACCGCUGCCACGAGCGGGGCAGGGCUCAGCGUGUCCCGCCGUGUCCCGGCACCGAUCGUGUUUCGUCCGCGAUCAAUUAUAGAUGGCGACACGCGGCGGGGGGAGCGCGGGGCUCCAGCGCCUCCUCGGCGCCGUGGGGGGGUGUCCCAGCCCUGGGGGUCCCAGGUGGGCGAGGGGCACCGGGGGGGCCGGGGCGGGGGGCUCAGGACGGGAUCUGGGGGUGCCCGGAGGUGCCGCCCCCGCGCUGCCCCCGGCUCGGCCCGGGCUCAGAUUCCUUUUGUGCGGUGCAAGCGGCCGCUGAAACUUUAAUGAAGCCACCGGAUCGCCGGGUCGCCCGCUCGGCUCGCCCCCGCUGCCCGCGGCUCCCGCCGGCUGCGGCCCCGCCGAGCCCCUCGCCAUGGCCCAGGGCUUCUGGCGGCUCUACAAGGCCAAAGUGCUGCAGAGCCUGGGGGGGCCGCGGCCCGACGGGGCCCUGCAGGACGAGGGAGACCCCCCCGAGCUGAUGGAGACGGCCGAGCCCCCCGCGCUGCUGGAGGAGGGAGCCAGCCCCGUGUCCCAGCUGGCCCGGAGGGUGCAGGGGGUGGGGGCCCGCGGCUGGCGGACGCUUUCGUCCCUCUUCACCCGCGAGGACGAGCACCAGCUGCUCAGCCCGGAGCCCUGCCCGGACCACCCUCUGGCCGCCGAGCCGCCCGAGGUGCCCCGCGCCGAGAAGGCUCCCGGGUUUUGGGAUCUCUUUGCUACCAAGUGGCAGCAGGCGUCGGGGCCGGACAAGGGCGAGGGGCCGCCCCCCCCGGAGCUGGACGCGAGCCCGGGGGAGCCGCCGGGUGACGACGGCGGCGACCUGCGGGAGCCAGAGGAAGGAGCCUUCCACUGGGGCUUCCUGGCCGGAAAACUGGCCGAAAUCCGGAAUAAAACCGCCCCCAAGGGCAACUAGA